AUGAUCCGCCCCGCCGGCCGCAACAGGAGGUACUGCAUCAGCCCAUUCCAGAGCGCCUCCUUCGCUUUCCUGGCAUACGAAUUGGAUACGGCUUCACAACCAGACGGUCGUUGGACGAAGCACAUACCUCCUUUGCUGCUGAGAUGGCCGGAAAGCAGGAAAGUACAGUGCGGCCAACAAAGGCCGGGUAUGGGACGGAACUGGCCGUUUGCGAUGCAAGGCUAUAUCAGUCCACGAAAGGAGCAGCAGAAAGCUACAAAAGUAGCCGCGGGAGGUGAUGAGAAGCUUUCCAACCCAACGCCCAAAGAUUGCGAAAGCUUGAUUCCGGAUCAGCAUUCCGCAGCCAUUUCGGUGACUUUUCUGGAAUGUGGACAGUCGCUGAGCUGGGCAUCUUUUAGUGAGAAGAAGGAAGCCAGCAUGAGCUGGUCUCCUACAAACCAGAUAGCAGCCAAGAUGUCAGAGACUCAACCCGGAGCAAUCAUAUGGCUGUUUGGAUUUGGUGAGCGGGAGCGGUACCAUGGUACCAGGAAACCCUGGAAGCGCCAAAAGAACAUCUGUUGGAGAGCCGAUGCCAAGAGAGGUCAACAAGUACCAUGGACAAGCCUUGGGUACGGACCAUAUCCAGGCCAGUAG